UGGAAAUUUUCAUAGCUAAACUAUUUUCAUAGAUUCACAAAACCGUUGUUCUUUUAUACUAUUUGUAUGGAUCUUUACCUUCUUAUCUCUAUUUUCUCACUUCCCAAAUUGGCCCACUAAAUCCUUUGAACUUCAAUUAAUCUUAUCUUAAUUUCUUGCCGAUUUAUUUGCCCUUUUCGUUAUUUGAUUGAUUGGUGUUGUUUUCUUGAAGUAUUUUGAAUGAGAUUUUGCGAAAGAUUAACGAAAAAGUUAUGGAUAAGGAGAUCGAUACUCAGAAUCAGAGAGUUGUAGAGACAGUAAUUACAAUCAGAUUGGAUGAAAAAAGGGAUUCUGGGAUUGGUGGGAAUGAGGUGAAAAGGAAGGAUUUGAAGAAAGAGAGUUUUUCAAGUGUGAUUGAUGUGAAGUAUGGUAUUGGGGAUGGAAAAUUGGGGGAGAAUUUGAUUGUUGAUGAUUUCGAAAAGGUGUGUAGGAUAUGCCAUUUGGAUACAUAUGAAAGUGGGAAGAAAUUUGUGGAUUUGAUUGAGAUUGGUUGUGGGUGUAAAGGAGAGCUUGGAUUUGUUCAUUCUCAUUGUGCAGAAACUUGGUUUAAGCUUAAAGGAAAUAGAUUGUGUGAAAUUUGUCGGGAGAUUGCAAAAAAUGUGACAGGUGUCAGCGAUAACAGAUUCAUUGAAGAGUGGAAUGAAGCGAGAUACAUUGCAGGUGGUACUGGUUCAGCAGGACGAGAUAGAGGAUACUGUCGUGGACAGCCAUUUUGUAACUUGUUGAUAGCAUGCCUGAUAAUAGUAUUUUUGCUACCAUGGUUUUGCCGUAUAAAUUUGUUUUGAUGCGGUAAAUAGAGUUAAUAGUUUCUAGCCUCAAAUCUUAUGCUGCGUCUUGCAGAUAACAAGGUUUUGAGUGUUUUUAGUACAACAAACCAGCAUAACUUAUACCAUUGCUGUGUCUUUUCACAUUAUCUGAGCCAAAUUCUUGGUCGAUUUUAGAUAAGUGGGAUUGUAUACUUCA